CACGAACCCACCCAACCGAAAACAAAGCAACAAAAAUAGCAAAUAUUCAGAAAAAUCUUUCUCACCCCCAAAAAUUAAAAAAAAUCGAAGCCAUAUUUCACAAAAAUUUGGAACCCGAACCCUUGCGAAUUUGCAAUCGCUUCGUCUUCACCAAAAAGCUCAAACUAAGCGUUUUCGCGGUCUGUGACUGUGGCUCUGAUCAAUAGGUGUAAGGCAAGGGUGUGACUGAGAGAAAGUUAUGGCAUCAUCUGAUGAUGAGGCUGAGAGCCUGCCCAAUUGUGUUGAAAAUUACUAUUUUUGGGAUGAAAAAAACGAACCAAUUUCUUUUAUUGGUUUGCCAAUUCAAUGGAGAGAGGGUGAGAUUCUGGAUGGAAAAAAACAACAAAUAUACCUACGUGGAGAUGCUGACAAAGGGCUUCAAAAAUUACAUAAGCAAGUUAUAGCAUGGAGGUUUGAUCUUUCCAAUUUGAAACCCGAGAUAUCAGUUCUACUCAAGGGAAAUCAUUGGACCAAGAUUGAGAGGCCAAGGAAAAGCUAUGAGGAUAUGAUUAGGACAGUCCUGGUAACAGUGCAGUACCUUCAUUUCUUGAGGAAAAACCCCGAAGCAUCAGGAAAAUCUUGUUGGGAUCACUUGUCUAAAGUCUUCAGCUUGUAUGAUGUCAGACCUUCUCAAAAUGAUCUGGUGGACCACCUGCCUUUAAUUAGUGAAGCUGUUAAUAGGGAUGAUACCUUCGCAAACUCCAAGCUCUUACGCACAUUUCUCGAGGAGAAGCCUGGGAAGAGAAAACUACCUGAUGAGGUUGUUCAAACUACAGACAUGUCUGGAUUUAUAGUUGAUGGUGUAGAUGAUGAUAUUUUGGAUGAAGAAGAAGAUGAAGAAGAGGAUGUGUUUGAUUCUGUUUGUGCAUUUUGUGAUAAUGGUGGUGAUCUUUUGUGUUGUGAGGGAAGAUGCAUGAGAUCCUUUCAUGCAACUGUAGAAGCUGGUGACGAAUCUAUGUGUGACUCUCUUGGGUAUGCACAGGAAGAAGUGGAUGAGAUGCAGAACUUUUUCUGUAAAAGUUGUGAACUGAAACGGCAUCAAUGCUUUGUUUGUGGGAAGCUGGGAUCAUCUGACAAGUUUUCAGCUGCUGAGGUCUUUCCUUGUGUUAAUGCAACCUGUGGCUAUUUCUAUCAUCCACGUUGUGUGUCAAAAUUGCUCCAUCGGGAGGAUGAAGCUGCUGCAGAGGAGCUUGAGAAAAAGAUUGCUGCAGGGGGGUCUUUCACAUGUCCAAUCCAUAAAUGCAGUGUUUGUAAACAAGGAGAGAAUAAGAAAGAUCCUCAAUUGCAGUUUGCUGUGUGUCGGCGUUGUCCUAAGUCGUACCACAGGAAAUGCUUGCCAAGGAAGAUUGCUUUUGAAGAUAUAGAGGAUGAAGGGAUUAUAGCAAGGGCUUGGGAAGGUCUAUUACCCAACCGUAUACUAAUAUACUGCUUAAAACAUGAAAUAGAUGGAGAACUUGGAACUCCAAUAAGAGACCACGUAAAGUUCCCUGGAGUUAAGACUACUUUUGAAAAAAAGAAGGUAACGGUGGAAGAAAAUAAAAAACAAGCAUCAGACUCCCUCGGAAAUAAAGAAAAAGAUCUGUUUAAGAAGAAAAAUCUUGCCUUAGAUGACUCCUUCCGAGAAAGAACUGUUGUGAAAGUAGCUAGACAGAAUCAGAAGUCAUCCUCAGCUGUGAAGGUGGGAAAUACCAAAAAUAGUGAUAAAGUAAUAUCUGGAUCAGAUAUCUCAAGGAAAAUGAAAGUAAAUAAUGCAUCGAGAAAGCUUUUGAAUGAAAAUGCAAAGUCUAUCUCAAUGGAGGUAGAUAAGUCCUCUACUGCUGAUGAAAACAAACAUUCCCUAGGCUAUAGGUUAUUUGACCUCAUGAAGUCCAAUGGGAAAGUUAAGCCCAGGAAGCAGGAUAUGCUUAAUGGUGAAGCAAAUAAGACUAUGACAGUUAAGCCUGCCACCAAGAAGCUGAGCAGUCCACUACCAUCAUUAGAUGCUGAUUCUGAAAGGAGAUUGUUGGCUUUGUUGAAAGAUGCCAAUAAAGCAGUAACUUUAGAAGAUGUUAUAGAAAAGCACAAAGUUCCCUCUACUCAUGCUUACUCAUCAAAAUAUAUAGUGGACAAGACCAUUACUUUGGGGAAGUUGGAGGGUUCAGUGGAGGCGGUUCGAGAUGCUUUAGGGAAGCUGGAGGAUGGCCGCAGUCGUGAGGAUGCAGAAGCUGUGUGCGGACCUGAGGUUCUGCAACAGAUAUUCAAGUGGAAGAGCAAGCUUAGAGUAUAUCUUUCACCUUUUCUUCAUGGUAAUCGCUACACAUCCUUUGGUCGUCAUUUUACAAAAGUGGAGAAACUUGAAGGGAUUGUUGAUAAGCUUCAUUGGUAUGCACAAAAUGGCGACAUGAUAGUGGACUUCUGUUGUGGUGCCAAUGAUUUUAGUGUCCUGAUGAACAAAAAGCUGGAAGAGAAAGGCAAGAAGUGUUCAUACAAAAACUUUGAUAUUUUUCAAGCAAAGAAUGACUUUAAUUUUGAGAAGAGGGAUUGGUUUACUGUCAAACCAAAUGAGCUACCUACAGGGUCGAAAUUGAUCAUGGGGCUAAAUCCUCCUUUUGGAGUCCAAGCAGCUUUGGCAAACAAGUUCAUUGAUAAAGCUCUCGAGUUUAACCCCAAACUUAUUAUUCUCAUCGUUCCAUCAAACACAUACAGGUUAGAUAAAAAGAAAAAAUCUUAUGAUCUUAUUUGGGAGGAUGGAAAAUCUUUAUCAGGAAAGUCAUUUUAUCUGCCUGGAUCAGUUGAUGAGAAUGACAGACAAAUGGAUCAGUGGAAUUUACAUGCACCUCCACUGUCUCUUUGGAGUCGUCGUGAUUGGACUGAUAAACACAAAGCCAUAGCUGAAGAAAAUGGUCACCUCCUCAAACAAGAAGAAGAAUCAGACAUGAAAAAGAUUCAUCCUGAGAAUUUAAUCCAUGAUCAUCCAGUGGACAAUCAAAAUCAUUAUGGUGAUGCUUCCAUGCAGACUGAUGAUCCCACAAAAAGUGAUAGACUGGAAAUAUUCAGAGGUGGGUCAAUUGUCAUGGAAGGUAAUAAAGAAAGCCCCACUUGCAUCAGUGGUGAUAGAGUAAACCUUGAGAGUGAGGGCCGUGGGAAGAACCAGCCCAGUGAGGCAUUUGUAAGAAAGAGGAAACGUGAUAAAGAACACGGAAAAGGAAUGGGUGAGAAAUCACCAGAGAACAAAGUGGAUGGUGGCAGGACUCGCUGUUCUCCAUCCAAUGUAGUUGAUGGAAGACCCUCACUGGAACAUCUGCAUUCCAAAUCCCUUGAGAUGCCCUCACAUGCCGAGCUUGGUGAGAAGGGCCAGGAACGUAGCAGGCCUCACCGUUCUCCACCCAAUGUGGUUGAUGGCAGAUCCUCACUUGAACGUCUACAUUCCAAGUCUCUUGAGAUGCCUUCACGUGCUGAGCUUUGUGAGAAUGUUCAACAUUUUGAGCCCAGCAUAUCUGGUUCUCAUAUGCAGUUUGCAGCAGCUUAUGGUGGGAGCCCGGCUAGCAAACACAAUGAGAUGGGCAGCACAUAUAAUCGGAGUGGCGAUGACCCUUACUUAACUGGGACUAUCCAUAGAAUGUCAACUGGUGUUAGUCCUGGUUCUGAUUAUAGGGCUAGAAGCGUGGAGGAACAGCUUCCGGGGUACACAAGGGACAGCUCAGAUGGUCUUGGUUACAGAUAUAAUAUUACUCAGGUGGAAGAGAACUUCCAGAGGGACAGAGAAAUAAGGACACGGCUUCGCUAUUAUGGACAGCUUGAGCCUGAUCUGCCAAGAUAUAAUUAUCUAGCAGGUCAUGAUUCUGGAUAUGGCCGCAUUGGAUCAGUGUCAUCUACUUAUGUUCAUCCAGCUCCACCAGCUGAUUUGUCUUACAGGAUGAAUACGUCAGCAAUGCAGCGAUAUGCACCCCGACUGGACGAGUUGAACCACACAAGGAUGAAUACUUUAGGAUCUGAGUCACAUCUGAUGAAUAGAAACAGCUUUUAUGAUCCUCGAGCACCCCCACCUGGGUAUCAAGGCAGCCCAAUGGGUUUUGCUCCUGGUCCUCACAGUUCCUAUUCACACCAGAAUUCAGCAGGUUGGCUGAAUGAGUAGUUAUUUCACCACAUACCUUUUAGGCUUUAUCCUUAGCUGUUGACUGGCUAGGCUCUUAGACUCUAAUAGUUGAAGUUGUUUUGUACAUCACUUCCCAAGUUCAAAGUUGCUUCUAGUUCUUCAAGUGGAAGCUUUUGCUCUUUGAAGCAAUUUGUUC